CUAAGGCCGGCAGGGCGGGCAGUGGGGGAAGGGACAGAUUUAAAGGUCUGGCUGUCCCGCCCCUGCCAGACCCGGGAAGGAAGACGCUGGAUAUCUGGGAGACGAGCGGCACCCACCAUGCGAUUUCGACGCCUGACCCCUGGCUACUUCCGAGUGCUACAGAUGCAGAUAGCCGGGGAGCUGAAGGCAGAGUCCCGGAGCCCGCUGGCGGGGAUUGUGGCUGCAGCGCUGGCUGUCCUCGGGCUGGGCGGCUCCGGCUAUGCUGUCUGGAAGAUGGUGGGGCAGCGGCGGCGGCCACAGGCUCCAUGACGAAGCAGGCAGC